AUGUUGGUGAUCCUCCUCCCCUCGACCGUCAUCCUCGCAGUCGCAGCCUUCAUCUUCUUUGAGCGUCUGCACCUGCGACAGAUCCUUGCCAUCGUCCGCCACCGCCGCAACUCCGAUAUCGAGGAGAAGCUGCUUCCUCGGUCCUCGCCAGGUCCCUCGCAUCAGCAGACGAAACCGAAACCGAAAUCACCACUGCAGCAGCAGGUCGUCGCAGAGAAGGCGCUGUACCAUGCCCUCCAGAACGUCGGGGACCACCCAGAAUCUAUUCCCGUCGCCCGGCGGCGGCUGCUGGAGUUGUUGGAUCACACCGUGGAACAGACGCUGAAGGCGCCGGAAACAUCGAUUCUCUCCGUCUCCGAAUUCUCACCCAAGGCGUUGAAGGACUUCCUGCAGAGCGCCGAGGAUGCUACAUCGGCCCGGUUUACUGCAUACCUCGCCCGCCGGAAGAGUGGCGGGACACGGGAGAUGUUUCCCGACCGCGAGUACGCCGAGUACUGGGCGCGGCAAUCUGCGCCGGUAAAGUACGCCGACGGCUCUUGGCUCGGCGGAAUCCACCGCAUCGACACAGCAGCGCACCACCGCCGCUGGUCGAAAACCGGCUGGCAGGUGCUGAGCGAAGAGCUCGGCGACGGCGAUCUGGAGAAGAACCACGUGUUUGUGUACGAGAAGCUCGUGAACAGCAUCUGCGAUAUUGGGCGGGGCGACGAAGCGCGGUUCAUCGAUCCAUGUGUGAAUCCGAAUAGCGAUGCGAGGGUGUGGACGGCGGCCGUCUCGCAACUGGCCAUCUCCCAGUGCGCGGACGAGUUCCUGCCUGAGGUCCUCGGCUUCAAUAUGGCCUACGAAGCUCUGCCGUACCACCUCCUCGUCACGAUCCACGAGUUCCGCGAGCUGCGGCUGGAUGCGUACUACUUCCUCCUGCACGUCGUCAUUGACAACAGCGACACCGGGCACGCCGCGAUGGGCCGGGAAGCGGUAGUCGGCCUAGUAGAAUCAGCACGGACCCCGGAGGAGCGCGAGGAGCUCUGGCGGCGGGUGCAAGCCGGCUUCAUUCUUGCGGAGACGCUGCCGACCACGCCCACGCCGCCCUCCGAGGCGACCACCCGCGUGCUCCAGAUCUUCAAGCAGAAAACGGUGACGGCGCAGCCAAUGCACGCCUGCUGUCCGGCGAAGGUUUCGGGCAAGACGCUGUCGCAGUGGCUGGACCCGGCGGCCUACAGCAGCCACAGCAUGGACUUCCUGCAGGGCCUCGCGGACUCGCGCUGGAUCGUCCGCGGCAAUCCGAGCGGGAGCAAGCUCCUCCGCGAGCUGAAAUGGGGAGGCCGCAUGUUCGGUGCGUUCACCGCGAACGAGGUGGAAGCCCUCGAGGCGUGGAUCUGCGAACUCGACGACGCCAGCUACCUCGUCCCGAGCUCCACCCCGAACCCCUCCAACGCCUACAAAACAUUCACCCGCCGCCGGCACCACGACAGAAACCGGUACUUCCCACCACCGCAGCCCGUCCCCGUCCUCCCCACGCCCAGCACGCCCCCACCCCACCCCCCAAACCACAUCUUAGAUAUCCCCCUCCCCCUCCCCACCCCCAUCCUCCACCCCCGCCUGCCUACCCUUCUCACCGCCACCGCAGCACCAUUUGAGCACCUCCCCGCACACAGCGUAAAGAUCGCAACACCGCACGGCAUGGCCGCGAUCAAGGUACUACGGGCACUAUACGGCUUCCUGCCCGAGACCGCGUAUGUAGCGGGAAUGGACGAGGUAGUCCGCUCUGCCUCCGCGAGCGAGGGCGUAGUCGAGAUUGCGCAGCGCUUAUCAGGACAAGACAAAAACGGCGGCGUCCCAACCCCGGAGGAGGACCCGGUUGCGAGUCUGGUGCUGCAGCUCUCCCGCUCUCCCGAAAGGAACUGGUGGGAGCUGGUGGGCGUACAGGCCGCGCUGCUGGCGCUGCUGAAAAGGCGGGAACUGUGGCAAACAAUGGGCGUUGCGGAUGAGUUACAGGCCAUUGUGGGGAGGUGCCAAAAUGCGCUGAGGCCCGUGUUGAUGGAGGAGCAGGCGGAUGUGGCGAGGGUGUGGAGGGGGUAUUGCGCUGUUGUACAGGGGCUGGCGGGGGAUCAGGAGGAUGAGGAUGAGGAUGGGGAGGAUGAGCGGGAGGAGAGUGCAGAUAUGGAGCGGGUGUAA